AUGUCGGACGACGACGGAGGCCUAGCUCCUGACCCUAAUUCGAGAUCAGAUGUGGGAUACGAUCGAGCAAAUGAGAUUCCACGCAGAAGCAGCAUCGACAGUGCACAGUGGCGCCAAAUACUCGACGCGCAGAACGAGCAAAUUCGCGCGCUUAUCGCUGCUUUAAACCGCCCGCUACCCGCCAAAAACCACGUGGUUUUCCCAGAAUUUGAUCCAGACAAACGCGAGGUAAAUGCGCUGUCAUGGUGCGCCACCGCCGACGUCUGCAUGACAGAUACGCCGUUAGAAGGAAGCCAGCUCGUCGUCGCUAUCAGCAAGGCUCUUAAAGGUACGGCGUCUACUUGGCUAUCGCAAAUAACCUACCAAGGUAUAACAUGGCCGGAAUUUAAAGAACUGUUUACGGCGAGGUUCGCUCCAAAUGAGACCUUGGCUGCCACACUAAUUAAUCUUGGCUCAGAUAAGCCAAGUGAAAAGGAGAACUAUGGGACUUACGCCAGCCGCAUUAUGUCGUCUCUAAUGAAUCGCUUCAAGAAUGUGGAUUCGGAGCAAAUUAUUGUACAAAUCGUACUCGCACAUUUAGCUCAAUUUGACGUACGUCUUCAGCGACUUGCUUUUACCACGGAAAUAACUUCUCGUUCUGAGCUACAAAAAGAGCUACAAGCCUUUGUCUAUCUAAAGCGGAAAGCGCCAAUGACUGAUGAGAAGAACAGCAUGGAGAAUGCCAAACGCCCUAGACUAUCUACUGCACCAAUCAAAUGUUACACUUGUGGACGACUAGGACACAAACAAUCAGAAUGCAGGCAGAAAAACAAGGAUACGAGGACGACAGCUAGUACCCCUGCCGCCACAUUUGCACGUGCGGGCCCCCGCUCGUCCACGAGCGGACCCCCGGUCUGCUUCAAGUGCGGCACACCGGGUCACAUCGCGAGUCGCUGUACUUCUGGCACCGCGACCACGACCGCCGGCAGCGGCGCGCAGCAGGCGCCCGAACGACGUGUCAACCUUUGCGAGGUUGAGCCCCCGGCCGGUUCCCUAACCCACCUUGGUAAGCGUUUUGAAUUUCAUUUUGAUUCUGGAGCAGAGUGUUCUUUAGUUAAAGAGACUGUUGCGUGUAAAUUGAGAGGAAAACGGGUACACAAUACUGUAUCGCUUGUUGGUAUAGGCAACAAAAAGGUGAACAGUGUGGAACAAAUUUUUUGUUUAAUUGAGAUUAGUGACUAUCCAACCGAAAUCUUAUUCCAUGUUUUGCCAGACGAGUACCUACGCAGUGAUGUGAUGAUAGGUCGCGAAAUCCUAAGUAAAGGUUUUACUGUCAGUUUAGGUGCUAAUCAGUUUACUAUUUCUAAGUCAUGUACGGUUAAUUCGUGCGUUAACGUAAAAUUAAACAGACAAACAAUUGAUCUAGCAGACAUAAAUACGGACAUUUCACUUGAAGGUAUAAAAACACUUGUUCAGUUGUUAGAAAAAUAUUCCCAUUAUUUUACGUGCAAAUUUCCAACUACCCGCGUUACAACGGGUAAGUGUGAGAUUCGCUUGGCUGACCCUACCCGUACCGUGCAGCGCCGCCCCUACAGGUGUUCACCAGCAGAGAGCGAGAUAAUGCGUGAGCGACGAGCAAUAGUUGAGGCUUUAGGUGAGCUAGUGUACUCUUACGUCAUAGUCUACGUUGAUGACAUUUUAAUUUUGUCAGAUACUGAAGAUGAAGGAUUAGAUAGGUUGAGUACAGUGUUGGAAAUUCUGACGAAGGCCGGGUUUUCACUCAAUUUAAAGAAAUGUUCGUUUUUAAAGACACGUGUGGAAUUCUUGGGUUACGAGGUUGAAGCAGGCGAGAUCAAGCCGAAUAAACGGAAGAUUGAGGCUCUGUCAGGGUUACCACCGCCCGAGUCUAUCACACAGCUAAGGCAAUUUAUAGGCCUGGCAUCGUAUUUUCGUCAAUUCGUUCCGAAUUUUUCACGUUUGAUGACACCCUUACAUAGGCUUACUUCGGGCAAAGGUUCUUUCGUUUGGAAAGAAAAUCACGAGCAGAUUCGUCAGCAGGUCAUUUCUAUUCUUACAAAUGAGCCGGUGUUGACGAUAUUUAAUCCAAAGCAUCCAGCUGAAUUACAUACGGACGCGAGUGCAGACGGUUAUGGCGCAAUGUUGUUGCAGGAGGUCGAUGGUAAGCGACGUGUAGUGGGUUACUACAGUAAGCGAACCUCCCCUGCAGAGUCCAACUACCAUUCCUACGAACUGGAAACUCUGGCUGUGGUUAACGGGAUAAAACAUUUCAGAUCUUAUUUGCAUGGGAGGAAGUUUACUGUGGUUACCGACUGUAACUCUCUCAAGUCUUCGCGAGACAAAGUCGACCUCACCCCUCGCGUACAUCGAUGGUGGUGUUUUCUUCAGUCUUUCGACUUCGAUGUUGUUUAUAGAGCAGGAAAGCAGAUGAGUCACGUCGAUUUUCUCUCCCGCAAUCCCUUGCCUGUUGUUUGUGAGCCAGUCCAGAAACAGACUACUAAGGUAAAUGAAAGGCACGUUAAUCUAGCCGAGCUUUCCGAAAACUGGCUUCUGGCAGAGCAGCAGCGAGAUGUGGAAAUUCAGAAACUUAAAACAGCGUUUACUGAGGGAGAGUUGGAGAAUGACAUUGCGAAGACAUACGAGGUACGCAAAGGCGUGCUUUAUCGCAAAAUUCAGCGCAAUGGGCGCACUAAGUGCUUACCUAUCGUACCUAGAGCUCUGAGAUUUUCCGUUGUUACCAAUGUGCAUGACUCCAUCAUCCAUUUAGGUUGGGAAAAAACGCUGGAAAAACUUUAUGACUACUAUUGGUUUGAAGGAAUGUCACGGUAUGUUCGAAAGGUUUUGAAUAAUUGCGUCACUUGUAAAGUAUCAAAAAAAAGGUCAGGUCGAGUUCCAGCUGAGCUUCACCCCAUACCCAAAGUCACUAUCCCAUGGCACACAGUGCACAUAGACGCGACGGGAAAACUUAGUGGCAAAAGUGAUAACAAGGAGUAUGUUUUCGUAAUUAUCGACGCUUUCACAAAAUUUGUUGUUCUUCACCACACGACUAAUAUUGACUCUAAAAGUAGUAUUAAGGCGGUCAAAAACAGCGUUUCACUUUUUGGUGCUCCAGAACGCAUCAUUGCAGAUCAGGGACGUUGUUUUGCUAGUCGUGAGUUUAGAGAGUUCUGCGAUAGUAAAAAGAUUUCUCUUCAUUUAAUAGCAACUGGAUCUUCGCGAGCUAACGGGCAGGUAGAGCGCGUCAUGAGCACACUGAAAUCAAUGUUAACUGCCAUAGAGCUCAGCGAUGACCGGUCAUGGCAAGAUUCGCUAGAGGACGUUCAACUUGCCUUAAAUUGUACGGUUAAUAGGGUCACUCAAGCGAGUCCACUCGAGUUGUUGAUAGGGAAGGUAGCGCGCCCCUUAGAAUUGAUGGCAACCGAUGACGCUCCCGUGGUAGAUAUUUCGGAGGUUAGAAAUCACGCAGCACAAGAGAUAGAGAAAUCUGCCCAGUAUGAUAAGUCGCGUUUCGAUGCUACAAAAGCCAAAUUUAAGAGAUUUUCGGUUGGAGAGUACGUAUUGAUAGAGAACGAAGAACGUAACCAGACUAAGUUAGAUGCCAAGUUUAAAGGUCCUUUUGUUGUAACUGAGGUUCUAGAUAGAGAUAGGUAUACUCUAAAGUCUUUAACUUCUAAACGUAGCUAUAAGUAUGCUCACGAUAGACUGAGGAAGAUGCCGGACAGUCAAGUACCAUCUGAUGUAGAAAAUGUAGAGAGUGAAGUAGAGUGCGAGGGUCUCAGUUCGGCUGGUCAGACCGUACCAGAGUCUUCAUCGUAG